CUGUUUGGGUGCCGCAGCUGGAAAAAUGGCAGCUGAUACAGGGAGAUACAGGAGUGCUGUAAGCAAAAAUAAAGACCCCUCUGGACUUCUCAUCUCUGUCAUAAGGACUCUGUCCAGCAGUGAUGAUGUUGAAGACAGGGAGACAGAGAAAGGUCGUCUUGAAGAGGCCUUUGAGACAUGUGAUAGGGAUCUGGAUCAGUUGAUCGUUCAGCAUUAUGCUGAACUCACCACAGCCAUCCGGACCUACCAGAGCAUCACUGAACGCAUCACCAGCUCCCGCAACAAGAUCAAACAGGUAAAGGAGAACCUCCUGUCUUGUAAAAUGCUGCUGCACUGCAAAAGGGACGAGCUGAGGAAACUGUGGAUCGAGGGGAUCGAACACAAACAUGUCCUCCAGCUGCUGGAUGAAAUUGAAAGUAUCAAGCAGGUGCCUCAGCGUCUGGAGGCCUACAUGGCAAGCAAGCACUACCUUCAUGCUACUGAUAUGCUGGUGUCAGCUGUGGAGUCCCUGGAAGGCCCUCUGCUGCAGGUGGAGGGACUUGGAGAUCUGCGCCUGGAGCUCCACAGCAAAAAGCUUAACAUCCACCUCGUGCUUAUUGAUGAGCUGCACCGACAUCUGUACAUCAAGUCUACAAGUCGACUCGGACACAAGAACAACAACAAAGAUAAAAACGCUGCUCGUCUGCCGGGCUCCAUAGGCAAAGAUGCACCUCAAAUCCCUGGGUUGGAUGUCAGCAGUUUGUCCACCCCUCGCAAGCUUUUGGAUUCAUCGCAGUUUGGCACACCUGGAUCCAGUGGUGUGCGUGAGCUGCAGCAGGAUGUGCGAGAGUUUAACCAGUCAGACCUUCCUGAGGUGGAUCCAGAGGAGAACAGUGCUGAGUUCAUGGGCAUCCUCAUCAAGGCUUUGGCCAAGUUAAAGAAAAUCCCAGAAACCAUAAAAGCCAUCAUGGAGCGGUUGGAGCCUGAGCUGAAGCAGAUCGUGAAACGGUCCACCACUCAGAUAGCAGAUCAUGCUUACCAGAGGGGAGAGAGCCUGGCCCAGGAGAGCCAGCCAGGGCUGCUGCUGGAGCUGCUGGAGCUUUUGUUUGACAAGUUCAAGGCAGUGGCCCAGGCUCACAGUGUGGUGCUGGCCCAUUUGCAGCAGAUUGCAGUGCAGUGCCCGGGCGGGGCCCAAGAGGAGGGAAUUAAACUCUACGAGCAAGCUGAUGUCUCUGCCAAGAUCCAGACUGUGCUGCAGGUCCUGCUGAUGGAGUAUCUAGAUGUGAAGAACAGCCGCAGUGCCACAGAGCCGUCGGCUCAGCUCUCCUACGCCAGCACAGGCAGCGAGUUUGCCGCCUUUUUUGCAAAGAAGAAACCGCAGCGUGCCAAGCAGUCACUUUUCAAGUUUGAGUCAUCUUCCCAUGCCAUCAGCAUGAGUGCGUACUUGAGGGAGCAGAGGCGUGAACUCUACAGCAAGAGUGGAGAGCUGCAAGGUGGAGCUGACGACAACCUGAUUGAAGGCGGAGAGAUGAAGUUUGUGUGUAAACCAGGAGCAAGGAACAUCACCGUCAUUUUCCAGCCUCUUCUAAGGUUCAUUCACGAGAUAGAGAUGAACAUGGGGCAGGGUCAAGCCAAGCAGUGCCAGCUCCGAGCCUUCCUCACGUACUACAUCAAUGACCUCUUCCUUAACCAGGUUCGAACAGAAAUCAACAAGGAAAUCGAAGCGGUGAGCAAGGCGUCAGAUCCACUGAAGAUCCUUGCCAGCGCUGACACCAUGAAGGUCUUGGGCGUCCAGAGACCCCUACUGCAGAGCACUGUGGUGGUGGAAAAGUCCAUCCAAGAUCUGAUGAGCCUGAUGCAGGACCUGAGUGCCUACUCCAACCAGUUUCUUGAGAUGGUCUGUGACAAACUUAAAGAGUACAAGGAAAUCUGCAACACAGCAUACAGAGGAAUAGUCCAAUGUGAGGAGAAGCUCACCAUCAGCGCUUCCUGGUCCAAAGAUGAGGAUAUCAGUCGUCUGCUUCAGUCGCUCCCUAACUGGGCCAACAUGGCUCAGCCCCGACAGACCCGACAGAAGAGAGAGGAUGAAGAAGACUUUACUCGGGCAGCGUUUGCUAAGGAAUCAGAAGUGCUGACUGGGAACCUCGGAGACAAGUUAAUCCCCCAGAAUGAGAUCCUACGUGAUGUCAGCGACCUGAAGGCACUGGCCAACCUCCACGAGAGCAUGGAGUGGCUCGCAGGGCGCCUCAAGACGUUCUUCGCCAACCUGCCUCAGGCCUCAAAUGUGUCUCCAUGCUCAGCAGACAGCCAAGUGGCCGGUGAGAGUGAGCGCAGCAGGGAGCAGAUUCUGCAGACCCUUAAUGACCUGUCAAGAGGUUUCCAAGACAUUGCAGACCGCUGCCUCCUGGUGCUGCACCUGGAAGUCAGGGUGCAUUGUUUCCAUUACCUAAUCCCGCUGACUAAGCAAGGAAAUUAUGCUAUCGUGGCCAAUGUGGAGAGCAUGGACUACGAUCCUCUGGUGGUCAAACUGAACAAGGACAUCUCUGCGAUAGAGGAGGCGAUGGGAGCGGCCCUGCAGCAGCACAAGUUCCAGUACAUCUUUGAAGGCUUGGGACAUCUCAUCUCUUGCAUCCUCAUCAAUGGGGCGCAGUACUUCAAGAGGAUCAGCGAGUCUGGCAUCAAGAAGAUGUGCAGGAACAUCUUUGUCCUGCAGCAGAACCUCACCAAUAUCACCAUGUCCAGGGAGGCUGACCUUGACUUCGCUAGGCAGUACUACGAAAUGCUUUACAACACCGCGGAUGAGCUGCUGAAUCUGGUGGUGGACCAAGGCGUCCGUUACACCGAGCUGGAGUACAUCAAUGCCUUGUCCUUGCUCCAUCGCAGCCAGACGGGCGUGGGCGACCUGAGCACCCAAAACAUCCGGCUGCAGAGGCUAAAGGAGAUAAUCUGCGAGCAGGCGGCCAUCAAACAGGCCACCAAGGACAAGAAGAUCACUACAGUGUAAUGGGCAGGGAGAGGUGAACAACAUGAGAAAAUAAAGAUGUGCUUACUUCAGAUUUCUCUUGCAGGACCAUAUAAAGGAAAGAAUAUGGGUCAUGUAUGCAAGGAUAAGAGAAAAAGUAGAAGAUUUUCAGGAAUUGGGUUAAGAAAUACUAAAAUAGAGGCUUUCUUUCUGUGAUAGAAAAUGUGUCUUCUCCGUUUCAUAUCAAUGGCUGACAUAGAUGUGCUUUAUUCCAGCCCUGGGUUUGUAGAUAAUAUAUAUAUAUAUAUAUAUAUAUAUAUAUAAAAGCCUAGGCAGCACUCUAAUUGGGAAGUGAGGUGACAACUUACAGAACUGCAAACUCUACAAGUCUACUCCCUAUAAUAUCUCUCUUUCAAAAGGAAACCUAUAACGUCAAUUUUUCCUUUUUUAGGAGACAAGAAGUGCAGCAUUCAUGUGACUCUAACAGCCCCUCGCUCACCAUGACUCCAGCUUACGGAUAAAAGCCGAUUGUUUUGGACACUCAACCAAACUUAGCCCCCAAUCUCAUCUCAUUUUCUUAUUAGAUCUAAACUGCUGCUCUCAAUUACACCUCCAUCUCUCCUCUCCUGGCAGCCCCCAUGGGCCCACUGAUUCUGUCUGCAAUAACAGAUGCCAGAUUAGACUGUCUGAAUGAGGCCACAUCUCCCGCCUGCUGCCAAUUUGGGUCGGUCCCUAAAGAUUUCCCUCGCCGAGAAUUGUAUCAUAUCUAUGCCUGUUAAAAUCUGUUUAUCUGUCUUUUUUUCCCUAGAAUAGCUUAAGCUGUAAAGUUGUGCAGGGAGUGGAGAGAGUUGGGGCUGUUUUGUACAAAUUUUACAUACACACCUCACUUAUGACUUUUUUUUGCUGAUUUUGCGUUAAAAAGCAUAUCCCUAAUAAAAGAAGCAAACAAAUGUGUGGGGGGAUAAAAUUCAUCCAUCAUUCAAGCUCUGUAAACAGAAACACUUUAAUUUGUAUUCUUUAUUUUUUCUUUCCCAAACGAACCUAAACAUAUAAACCCAAGAGAUGAUCACAAAUCAUUCCCCUCCCUGUUUUUAGUUCAUUAACUUGGAAGUGAAGUACUUAACAAGAAGAGAAGAGAGGGGGAAUGGGAGACUUGUCAAUACAGCGGGCUCUCUGCUGGUCUCCCCGAAGCCCACAGAGCAAUCCAUCAUAAUGACACAUAGGCUGGGAUCGAUGGGAAAACAACCGAGGAGCUGCUGAGGGGUUUGCCUAACACUCUGAAACGAACACUCGGUGUAAAAUCUCAAAUCUGCUCAUUCAGCUGUUCACUUCAGAGCUACAUUUGUACUGCUAUACAUGGGCAACUUUAAUGCAAUGUUAACCAUCUGUUUAACAUCACACAUAGGAGCUCUUAUUCUAUUAUGACACUACAAAAAGGAACUAAUGUGUUAUGAAGACUCAGAGUGAACCACUCCUGCUGUCCAUGCUUUAAUUCAGAAAAGGGAUUUUUUUUUUUUUUUUUAACUUUUGAGGCAUAACAAAACUAAUAUGCUUUUCUAGCCAUGUUUUCCUUGCAAUUAACCUUUAUAUUCCAUGUUUCUUUCCAGUAAUUUCAAUGUAUCAAGUUAGAAUGUAUUAAAGUCACUGAAGGGUAUUAGUCAGUGCUAUCUAAAAAUGGUCUGAAAUGUUUGUCUACCCUAAAUCAAGCACUCAUGAUUUGUCAAUUCAUAUACCUACACACUGAAAUAAUAAAUCCUUCAAACCCA